ACAGUAAGACGAGCUGUCAUCGCUCAGUGCAGCGGGCAGCGCAGGGACAUCAGCGCCCAUGUCGCCGUGCAAUGACCUCCCGCAGCCCCUGGCAAUGCCUGCGUCCCCGGCGGGUCUCCUCUCGCUAAGCCUUGCUGGCUUUGUAUCUGAGCUGUGCGAUAGCCUUUGCCCUCCCUCGCUCCUCUUCUCUGCCUGCAACGACAGCGGAACCUCUUCUCUCGCAGCAAGAGAUGCUCUCCCACUGCACCAGGGAUAGGCAAACACAGCUGAAGGCUCCUUCCCUGCAUUGUGAAGCCCGAAAACCCAAGGGCUCAGAAAGACAAAAAAGUAAGCAGCAAAUGUCCUAAAGAAGGGGUCAUGGAAAGUCAGAUUACUCACCGCAAAGAAAAACAUGGAAACAUUCAAACAGGAGAGGAUAAAGAAAUCCAUUGGACCAGAAACUUCACACCGGUGAAGCAGAAGCCAUCCAAGGAGUUGAGGCCCAUGCUGGGGGCCGUCACGCUGGGCCUCAUCCUGUUCAUCGCCGCGGUGGUGGCCUGGUGCUACUACACGGUGUCCCUACGGAAGGCAGAGCGGCUGAAGACGGAGCUGAUGGACCUGCGGGCGGAUGGCUUUGUCAUCAGGAACCAGCACGGGGAGGUGGUGUUCCGGCUGGCGUUCCGCUCGGGGAGCCUGGACCUGGAGUCGUGCUCCAAGGAGGGCGAGAUCCUGAGCUGCACGCGGUCGGACCGGGGGCCGCUCAACUUCUUCAUCCAGACGGUGAAGCCCAAGGACACGGUGAUGUGCUACCGCGUGCGCUGGGAGGAGCUGGCGGCCGGCCCGGCGGUGGAGCACACCAUGUUCUGGGAGGACGCCCACUGGUACGGGGGCUCGGAGAUGAGCACCCAGCACUGGCCCAUCCGCCUGGCGGGCUACCAGGAGCCCGUGCCCUACGUCACCAGCGACGUCUACUCUUUCCGCGACAGCUUUGGGGGCAUCCUGGAGCGCUACUGGCUCUCCUCCAAGGCGGCGGCCAUCAAGAUCAAUGACUCGGUGCCCUUCCACCUGGGCUUCAACGCCACCGAGCGCUCCCUCUUCUUCCAGGCCCGCUACAAGGACUCUCCCUACAAGCCCCCGCCGGGGCAGCAGCCCUUCCCCGAGCUGAGCUACAGGGUGUGCGUGGGCUCCGACGUCACCUCCAUCCACAAGUACAUGGUGCGCAGGUACUUCAACAAGCCUUUCAAGAUCCCUGCUGAGAAUGCCUUCCGCUACCCAAUCUGGUCCACGUGGGCCCUUUACAAAAAAGAUAUCGAUCAGGAUAAAGUUCUACAUUUUGCAAGAAACAUUAAGAAAUACCGUUUCAACUGCAGCCACAUUGAAAUUGAUGACAUGUACACACAGGCCUAUGGGGACUUCGACUUUGACCCUGUCAAGUUCCCCAAUGUAACUGAGAUGUUUGCAAAACUGAGGGAAGAUGGGUUUAAGGUCACUCUGUGGAUACAUCCCUUCAUACAUGUGUAUUCUUCAAAUUUUGGGGUGGGGAUUGAGCGUCAGCUCUUCAUCAAGGAGCCCUCAGGGCGGCUGCCAGCCAUGGUGGAGUGGUGGAAUGGCAUUGGAGCCAUCCUGGACUUUACCAACCCAGCAGCCCGGGACUGGUUCCAGAGUCACCUGCGCCAGCUCCGUCACAAGUACGGCAUCUCCUCCUUCAAAUUUGAUGCAGGUGAGACCAGCUACCUGCCCAAGCAGUUCAGCACCUUCCGGCCUCUCUCUGACCCCAGCAUCUGGUCCCGGCGCUACACUGAGAUGGCCAUCCCCUUCUACGAGCUGGCUGAGGUACGGGUGGGCUACCAGUCACAGAACAUCUCCUGCUUCUUCCGCAUCAUUGACCGUGACUCUGUGUGGGGCUAUGAGCUUGGCCUCAAGUCUCUCAUUCCUACAGUGCUCACCAUCAGCAUGCUGGGCUAUCCAUUUGUACUGCCAGACAUGAUUGGGGGAAACUUCCUCCCCAACAAGACAGACGGAGCAGUUGAGAUCCCAGACCGGGAGCUGUACAUCCGAUGGCUGGAGCUGUCAGCCUUCAUGCCCUCCAUGCAGUUCUCCAUCCCACCGUGGCUCUACGACAAGGAGGUGGUAGAGAUCGCACAGAAGUUCACAGAGCUCCACGAGUCACUGGUGGCCCCGCUGCUGCUGGAGCUGGCCAGGGAGGUGACUGACACAGGAGACCCCAUCAUCCGGCCCAUCUGGUGGAUCUCGCCCCGUGACGAGGCCACGCACCGCAUCGACUCGCAGUUCCUCAUUGGGGACACCCUCAUGGUGGCUCCUGUGCUGGAGAUGGGCAAGCAGGAGCGCGAUGUCUACCUGCCGGUGGGCAAGUGGCGCAGCUACAAGAGGGAGCUCUUUGAGAAGACGCCGGUGCUGCUCACGGACUAUCCUGUCGACCUGGAUGAGGUCGCCUAUUUUCUCUGGGUUUCCUAACAGCCUCCAUCUGCUUUGCUACAGUCUCAUGGAUUUGUGAACGCCUGAUUUAAAUGACUUCAGAUUUUUAUUUGUUUUUCAAGUUGAAAUGUAUUAUCAUUUAAGUAAGAAGAAAUAUUAUGACCUCUCUUAGUGUUGCAAUUGCGGUGGUGUAACUUAAUACAACAUAUUGGAUGUACAUCUUGGUUCUUUGUGUUCAAUAAUUACAAUGUAGUGAUCAAGAUUCUCCCCUUCUAAUAUUUUCCCAUCAAGGAAGGCCAUGCACUGUGGCAGGAAAGUCACGGACUCUGUUGCUCGUGCAAAACGAAGACUUUUAUUGUACAUGCUUGCAACCUUUUAUUCCCAUGCAAGAACCCCUUGAUCAUGUAUACCAACCAGGCACAUUGUGCGUGUUUACGUCUGGCGUAAGUGUCUAACAAGCUUGGUUACUCAUUCGCAAGGUAAUGACUUUCCUUGUCCCACAGUGCACGUUUGUGUUUUCCAAAAGAAUUAUAUGGACUACAUUUGUCAGUGGUUUACAGGCAGUUGUACUGCAGCUGUUCCCAUAAGAUGUUUACAACCUCCAUUUUCUUAGUGGAGAAGGUAGUUCAAGCAGAGAACUUUCUUAAAAAGAAAAAAACCAAACAAUAAAAUAAAAUAAAAUAAAUCUAUGAUUAACCCAAAGGGGGUGGCUCCAAAUUUUCAGCCCGUAAAUCAGAAUGAUGCUGAAGCAAGGUGUGUUUCCAUUUCCCAUGGUUGGGGUUAUCCAAGAAAGCAGAAAGAAGCUUUAGCACUUCUUAAUACUGUGGUAAUCAUCUCCUCCUUUUAAUGAAAUAAAUUAUUGAGAAACAUA